UGGAGCUGGAGGCGGGGGCGUGGCGACUCCGCGGCGACGCCCCGAGUGGCGGUUGUUUCAAGAUGGCGGACGUGGCGGGCCCCUCCCGCCCGGGCGCGGCGGCGUUCUGGAGCCGGGAUUUUUCUGAUGAAGAACAAUCAAUAGUGUAUGUUCCAGGAAUUUCUACAGAAGGAAAUAUCAGAUUAAGACACAAGUUGAUGAGUCCAAAAGCUAAUGUGAAGCUUAAGACUUCCCAGCUCACUGCUGCUUCAGUUGCCACGGAGUCUUUAAAAGAUGCAGGAGAUACAGUGGAGGAACAGAAUUUUUGCAAAGAAGCAAUAAAGAGUGUAUCACUGAAGGAUUUAUGUCUUGAAGAUAAACGACGCAUUGCAAACUUAAUUAAAGAACUGGCCAGAGUAAGUGAGGAAAAGGAGGUGACAGAAGAACGACUCAAAGCUGAACAGGAAUCGUUUGAGAAGAAGAUCAGACAGUUGGAAGAACAGAAUGAACUGAUCAUCAAAGAAAGGGAAGCUCUUCAGCUACAAUAUAGAGAGUGUCAAGAUCUUCUAAGCCUGUAUCAGAAAUACCUCUCAGAACAGCAGGAAAAGCUCAGCAUAUCUCUUUCUGAACUUGGCGCUGUUAGAAAACAGGAACAACAGGUAUCCAACCGGAAAAGCAGUCUCCAGGCUUCAUCUACAGAACUAGAUGGUUCCUACUUGAGUGUAGCCAUACCACAGGCCCGCUAUAAGGGCAAGCAGAGGCCCAAGUCUGCAAACCAAGACUCAGCUUCAGCAUCCCUUUGGGAGUUUCGGGAUGGUUCUUUAAAAUCAGCAGCUCUUCUUUAUCCCAAAGAAAGUCUAAAUAGGAUACUAUCUGAGGACAGAGUAUGUAAUUAUGUAUCCUCGGGGGAAAAACCACUAGAUGUAGUCCCUACAGAGAAGGUGCCACCAGAGGACUUGACAAUGAAUGAACAUCCACACCUUAAGCAAACUCCUUCUGGUCGGUGUUGUGGUCAUAGACUUUUGGAAACUGCAGAUCAUGUUCACGAGAGCCAUCCUGCAAGCACUGCCCCUCAGUAUCCUGGGACACAUUCUGAAUCAUGCAGUUACUGUGGGCUUUCCUGGGCCACUCUAAUGCACAGCCAAGGACUUCUGCAGCCCAGUGAAACUGAUGUCAAAAAGCAACUCUCAGAUGAUAGAAGACAGCAACUUAUGCUUCAGAAAAUGGAGCUCGAAAUUGAAAAGGAACGCCUCCAGCACCUGCUAGCCCAGCAGGAAACAAAGCUUCUCCUCAAACAGCAGCAGCUUCAUCAGUCUCGGCUGGAUUACAACCGGUUAAGAGCUCAGACUGAGUUUAAGGAAAGAGAACUGGAUACUGACAAAGAGCUUACUAUACCCAGAGAACUAAAUAUGGAUAGGAAUGGGAGUACCUCUGCUCCAAGCUUGUUGACAUCAAAAUGUGACAGCUGGAUACGUGGAACACCACCAUCCAUCAUUAAGCAUCACGACUCCACUAACAGCGGAGAAAAUAAAAGGGAGAGGAAGACAGUUGGUUUUCAGUCACAAGUAGAAGACAAUGCCCAGUGGACAUGUCAAAAAAAAGAUACAACCCAAAGAGGAACAAGAAAAGAUGCAUCCACCUCACCUCUGAGAACAGAAAACCAGAAGGAGCUUUCGACCACAACCACAUCAUCGUUGCAACAGGACACCUCCCGAUACGAGACAUCUCUGUUGGAUUUGGUUCAAUCUCUGAGUCCAAAGUCUGCUCUCAAGCCUCACCCCUCCAGAGAAGGGAGGGCCUGGAAUCCCAGUACCUGGAGACUCAGUCCUUUCAAAUCGACCUGGAAUAAGACGGGGAUAGGCAGGACCCCUGAAGACCUAGAGGAGAAUCAAAUCCUGGAAGACAUCUUUUUUAUCUGACACUGAAGCCGGUGUUGCAAGUUUUCCAUCAGAAUUCUGUGGGCUUCUAUAUAUCCUGCUCUAGAAUUUUAAAUUAUUCGUUUGAAAAAUAAUUGUGUCUCUCCUUUCACAGGGACCAUCACACCAGCACCCUGUUAGGUAUUGAAUGCAGAAGUCAUUUUAACAAGCCAGGGAGGUUUUAAUCAGAUAACACAUUCAGUAGGUAACACAUUAAGGGGGAGGAUGGGUGUGGAGGGAAGUGUCUUUGUUUGCCAAGCAGAAAUGACAACAUUAACAUAGGGCACACUUUCUAUUGGAAGAGACCACUGCAGGACUAUUUUCUUCUCAUUAUGUUGCUAGGAAGAGUAGCUUGCUUUUUAUUCACAAGGGAAACUUUUCCACUAAAAGAUCUCUCUAAUUUAACCUGAGACUCUUUAUAGCAUGAACAAUUUCAGAAAGACUUCCCCACCCCAUUUCCACACCCCUACCUCUCUGGUCAUGAUGCGGGCUAUCAACCCAUCAGCUGCCCAUCCUAGAGCAAAAGGACUCAGUGGUCUAAGAAGGAGAGAGAGUGUUACUAUCAGCCUUCGGGAAACCAGAACUGAAUAACAUAAGGACUUCACAAGAGAAAUCCAGUGGAAGCACAAGCCAGAGAGGUCCUUCUACCCUCUUCCCAUUUCCCAGGAUAAACUGAAGCAAUCUCUCAGUGUUUUUGUUGACUCAAAGUAUUUUGUUAGUCCAUUUUAACCACCCCUGGGAACCUCCUCCUGGUGAUCCUGAAGAAGAUACUUCUAGAGGGAGAGUUGCCCCCAACUCCUGUAAGCUAUUGGGCUCUCUGUCAGUCCCCCUUUCCCUCCCUGCAGAUCUGUGGUCAUACAUGCUGACCUGUCCUUGCCUGUGGCCCGAUCAAGGAUACUGUCUCAUGGCCGUGUCUAUUUACCAGAUUAUUCCCUCACACCUUCAAACUGUCUUCCCCUUCUCUCUGUGCCUCACUCCCAGUCAGAGUAAGCCUAUGGCAGAAGCACACUUGAGACUGCUUUCUCAUUCUCUCGCUGUCCUCCUCUUCAGCAGAAGUCUUCAAGUGGGUCCUCUAGCUGAUGGUGGGCUCUUGUGGCUGCUCAAGCUGCUAGAGAGGCUGACAAGCCUAGUAAGAUACAGUGAGUAAAAAGCAUUCCAGUCACUGAAGCAAGGGGAAAGUGUGUCCCCAGACACAUCUCAGUGACUUUCAUAUAUAUAUAGUUUUAUUUAUUUGUUAAUUAAUUAGAGAGGGAGAGAACUGGAGUGUCACUAUGGCACAUGUGAUACUGGGGAUUGCAGUGGAUAGAGUGUUGUAUUCUCAAGCAAGAGGUCAGUGAAUUUCUUUGAUUUAGAAUGUGUUACAUUCUCUCUCUCUCUCUCUCUCUCCUCUUUGUCACUGCAUUCAUCUGCCAAGGUCAGACAGCCUAGGGCAGCCUGUGCUUAAGGAGCCUGAAUGGCUUUCCUAAAUCCUUUAUCAAAACUAGACUAUUUCAGCCUGCAGCAGCCAAGUACUGCAUUGUCUGCAUCGAUCCAAAUCUCGGUGUCUCUUCAGGCUGAGGCCCUCAUGCCAUCACCCAACCUCCCUCCACUAGGAUCAUUCUAUUCUUUGGAGGAGAUAAGAAUGGAGUCUAUCAACACCAAAUUCUUGAUCGGAAGUAAACACAAGGUCAAAACUAACUAGUUGUAAUUAUUCACUUGAAACGUUGAAAAAAAAUCAUUGCAAUUUCCUUUUAAAGUUUGCUUCGAGAAUAACUGAAUUAGUUUUAUUCCAUUGCAUAAAAUCUUUGAAGAAAUAGAAUUUUCUUUUGUGUGGCAAAAUAUGAAGGGAAGUACAUUGAGAAUCCAUAGCAAAUGCAUUGUCUCUGUUUUAAGUAGGACAUAGAACUCUCUUUGCUUGCCCUAUGUGUCAUGGCCACCUCAAGUACACCAAACUCCUCGCUUGGGUUAUCCAUAGCUAAACUUUCUCAUUCUUUUUAUUGUAUGUUUUUUUAAAUUUGCUGCCAGGGUUGUUAUCUGGGGCUUGAAUUUUUUUUCCUUUUUUUAUUAGAUAGGACAGAGAGAAAUUGAGAGAGAUUGGGGAGAGAGAGAGACCUACAGACCAGCUUCACCACUUAUGAAGUGGGCCCCCUGCAGGUGGGGAGCUGGGGCUCAAACCUGGGUCCUUAUGCUUGGUAACAUGUGCACUUAAUCAGGUUUGCCACUGCCUGGCCCCACCCUUUCCAUUCCAAAGGCCAUUGUCAUUUUUGCCCUCCACAGUAAGGGGAUGCCAGGUGGACCAAGAAACUAUUAGGAUAUUUUUCAAGACACUUGUUAAACAGGAUCUAGCAACUCUUUCUUGGUCACAUGCCACAGAAUGGAGUCUGACAGCAUCUUUGUCUCCUCCUGAAUGAGUGAGUUGAAAGAGCAAACACAGAUUUUCUCUAGUCAGUCGACACCUUUCUUUAUGUCACGGGACUCCACCGCCACCGCCACCACUGCAGUUGCCUUUCUCUGUCCUGUAUAUAGAGGAAUCCUGGCUGCAAGGACAGCAGGGUGUGAGCUUGUAUCCAAUCUAACACGGACACUGUGAACUGAACAGUGGAUAUUAACAUUGUAAUCUCUUACUUGGAUGUGUAUAUGUGUGGAUAUGCCUCUGUGUGUGUGUAUAUAUAUAUAUACAUAUUUAUAUAUUUGUUGCAGAGCCUGGUGGCACUUGCAGCCUAACAUAGCAGGGCCUGACACAGAGCGUCUGAACCUCCCUUUCCUCCCUGUGAAGUCAGUCCAACAGUGACAGGGUAGAGUUUGCAUGGCCAACCACCAGUUAAUUCCCCAAGGCAGCAGUGGGUGCACAGCAAGGGGGCACCUGCUGCCCAGCCUGCUAUAGACCAUUCUCUGAGAAGAAAAGGACAGUGUUUGCAAAACGGCAGGAGGACAAAUCACAUCCAUGGAAGCUCCCUAAAGGGCCAGCCCAAUGCUCUGCAGUUAGAAAACCAAGGUCAAUGAAGCAGCAGCUUUUGCCAGUCCUCCUUUCAGGAUACAACCCGCCCCCUUGUUGGGGACUUCUCUGAAGCACCCCAAAUGCCACAGGGAGGGAGGGACUCGCUUUCCUUCAAAUCUCUCUUUGUAUAGGGCUCUGCUUUUAGCACCUUAGCUGUCAGGUGAGAUUUGCUGGUCAGAGGCUCUGGGAAGGGAAAGGCCUGAAGGGGCAGAGCUGGGAAGUCUGCAAGCCCUGGGGAGGUGAAGGCCCUACAAAUGCCGGCCAUUCAGUGUGUACUGUGUUCAGGGUAUGUGAGAUCUUUGACUAAUAAACCAUCUGUUUGGCUACUUUCCCCCAUGUGGUUGGUUAUGAACUGUCCUUUGAGUACCGCUCAUCUCUGGUGGGGCAGAAUUUGAAAGCAAGCAGAGCCCCCAGAUUAUCAGGUUGCACAGUCCUUGUAAAAAUAAGAAGCAAGGGCCAGCUAGUGGUGCUCCUGGUUCAGCACACACAUUAGCAUGCAGCAAAGGAUCCAAGUUCAAGCCCAUGGCGCCCACUUGCAGAGGGGAAACAUUACAUUACAAGUGGUGGAACAGAGCUGCAGGCAUUUCUACUUAUCUACCUCUCUACCUGUCUCUCUCCCAAAAAAAUAAAUAAAUAAAUAAGACACCAGGAACAUAAAGGUGUUCUGUCCAUAAAGGUGGAGGCCAUGUAUGGUUUAUCUGAAAUAGUAUCCUUGGGGGAAAAAAAGAAACAGAUCUCUUGUAAAGAACCUCAAACCAGGAGCCAGGUGGUGGUGCACCUGGUUGAGCACACGCGUUACAAUGCGAAAGAUCCAGGUUCAAGCUACCAGUCUCCACCUGCAGGGGGAAAGCUUCAUAAGUGGCAAAGCAGUGUUGCAGGUGUCUCUCUGUCUCUCUUCCUCUCUAUCUCCCCCUUCUCAAUUUCUAGCUUUCUGUAUACAGUAAACAAACAUAGAUCAUUAAAAUAAACUAAAAGAACCUCAAAGCUUUAUGGAAUCAGGUCAUGCAUUCACACCUAAAAUUUGAGGGUGUUGUUUGUUGUACUAAUACAGCCAUAAACCAUGGCCUCCCCCUCCCUCUCGUGUUUUUCUUCCCAACAAGAACCAUUUAGAGUUCUUUGUCUUUUCUUUUUUUUUCCUCCAGGAUCACUGCUGGGGCUUGAUGCCUGCAGGACUCCACCACUCCCAGUAGCCACUUUAUCUUCUGAUAGAGGGUAAGAGACAAAGAGGGAGACAGCGAGUGAGGGAGACAGUCAGAAGGAGAGACUAUAGCACUGUUCCACCUCUUUUUCCGCUUCCCCCUUGCAGGUGGGGGCGGGGGGCUUGAACCCUGACCCUUGAGCAGGGUGAAACUAGUUCUCUACCAGGUGUGCCACUUCAGGCUCCCACCCUUUUCAGGUUUUGAGGUGGGCCUGGCCAGCGCUGGCUUGAGGGCUGGCUCGCCUCUGCCUCUAGCUGCCAGUGGAGAGAGGAUGAACUUGUCCCAGCCCAGUCUCUGCCUUCCCCAUCUAGCCGGGAUUGAUUUAAGCUAGGUGGAUGUAUAUAACAUUGGGAAACGGUAAACUGUGUAAAUUUGCUGUUUCCCAGGGACAUUUAUUUAUGGAGGGGCAUUUUUAACUGAAGUGCAUAAGUGUUAAAUCAUGGUAAUAAAUUCAUGCUAUUCAAACUUCCUUACAAUGUAAUAAAUUCCUUUUCCAAAGCAUGAAUGUGGAGAUCCAUGGCUCCUCUAACACACCAUUAUACAUUUCUUCUUCAAAGGACACAGCUUACUAUAACAAGUUGGAGAAUAAGAAGAGGAAGUUUACUGCAUUUGGAGGGGGAAAUGGAGCAGCAGUGAUGCUGAGAAGGGAUGGGAGGAGUGACGUCACACGGAACUUCCCCACCGCCACCACAAGAGGGCGGUAGCGUCAACCAGGGCAGAUGGCUGCCUGGCUGAGGGUCUGCAAGCUAAGGCAGGGAGCUGAGCUCAGAAAUAAGGGAGAAAUGUGCUGGGGACCCCAAGGACUUUUGUCCAGUCCUGUGCAAGCGAGGUGGAGGCGUUGGAGGGCUGAGGGUCCAGGCGGUGGCGCACCUGAUUAAGUGCACACAUCACAGUGUGUAGGGACCCGCGUUCCCACCUGCAGGGGAAAAGCUUCGCAAGUGGUGAAGCAGGGCUGCAGGUGUGUCUUUCUGUCUCUUUCCCUCUCUAUCUCCUCCACCUCUCUUAAUUUCUGUCUUUAUCCAAUAUAAAUAUUUAAAAAAAUAACUUCAUACAAACUAUUGUAUUUACUGUCGAAUGUAAAACAUUAAUUCCCCAAUAAAGAAAUUUUAAAAAAUAACUUCAAAAAAAUUUUAAGAGGGGGCUGGCAGACAAAGAAAGGCUUUCUGGGGAAAAGUGUGUGUCUUGAUGUGUUGGAUGUGUGAGGCUUAUAGUUACACACACACACACACACACACAACACAUGUCACAGUGACUCUGCCUCAUUCUCUCUCCCCUCCCCCCACACUUCUUCACUUGUGAAAUAAAUCUUUAGGACUGGGUAGCUAGCAUAAUAGUUAUGCAAAAAAGAUUUUCAUAUUUGAUAUUCUGAUGUCCCAGAUUUAAUCCCCAGUACCAUCAUGAGCCAAAAUUGAGCUCUGGUCUUUCUUCUGUCUUCUCUCUCUGUCUAUCUAUAUCUCUUUCUCAUUAAAAUAAUUAUGAGGGGCCGGAUAGUGGCACAUCUGGUUGAGUGCACAUGCUACAAUGCACAAGGACCCUGGUUCGAGCCUCCAGUCCCCACCUGCAGGGGGAAAGCUUUUUGAGUGGUCAGAGGCCUGGUCAGUAAUGGCCAGGAUAGAGGGAGGCUUAAAUCAGAAUUUUCCCAGAAGAUGGGCUGUUUGUGUCGGGAAAAUUCAGGGAAGGAAAGGAAUCAGUCCUGCCCUUGCUUCUGUUCCUCUGAGCCCAGGAGGCAUUUGCCACUUCUAGGGUUUUCUUCCACAGCCCACCUUGGUGCGGGGCCUCACAUAUGUGUGAUUUCACUACUCCAAGCCACUUUUUAAUUCAUCUGGAGAGAGCCAGAGAGACCACAGCACUUUGCAUAUGGUGCCAAGGUUUGAUCCUGGCCCACACACAUGGCAUAGUAGGUGCCUUACCAGGGAUUGUUUGGGGGGCAACAUUAGGUAGUUUUUCCUUUUUUAAAUUUUCCUAUAUGAAUUAUUUUUUUUAGUCUUUUAUUAUUAGAGAGAGAGAGAAAAAGAGAGGGAAACAGAGAGACGUCUGCAUCACUCGUGAGAAAGCUUUCCCCCUGCAGGUGGGGAGAUCAGGGGCUUGAACCUGGAUCCUUCUGCACUGUAAUGUGAGCACUUAACCAGGUGCACCACUACUUGGCCCCAGUAGUAUUUUCUUCAUGGACCACGUUCAGAACCCAUAGUGGUCUCAUUGUGCUGCAUGUGCCAUGUGUAUCAUGUCUCUGCCUGGGGGUGUUUUUUGUCAGGUACCCAGAUUUCCACUGCAGAUGGCUGCCAGCUCCCGCCAGACUGGUCCAGCUCACACUCAGAUGGACUACCAGUAUUUUAAAGCAUUUUAUUUUGAAGUCAGAAUUUCAGAAAAGUGUUUAUAAAUAAUGCCAAACAAAACAAAACACCAAACCUGUAUCCCUUUUACCCAUAAUUCCCAAAUGUUAAGGUCUGAACUUGCUCAUUCAUUUUUUUUUCUCAAACUUACACAAACAGGUGUGUCCCUUUUCUUCUGAAGUGUUUGAGUAGGCUGCAGACUGAACACUCUUCUUUCUCAAAACUGUCCAGCAUGUGCUCCCUGACUCAGAGGCCUUCCCUUCUGUGUUCACCUCCAGCAGCCACGCAGGAGUUGGCAUCGACACUGAGCUAUUGGUACCUGAAGUCCAGGCCUUACUUAAAAUUUGCUAAUUUUUUGCUAUUUAACAUCCUCCUGUUGACUUUUCUUUCUUCAAAUCCCCUUUUUUGAAAUAUUUUACUGGUUUCAUUUUAAUGAGACAGAUAGAGAAAGAUACACAGAGAGAAAGAAACCAGAGUUUAGCUCAGGUCUGGCUGAUGGUGGUGCUGGGGAUUGAACCUGGGACGUCAGAGCCCAAGGUAUGAAAAUCUUUUGCAGAACCAUUGUGUUGUCUCCCCAACCCCCUCCAAAUAACCCUCUUAACAAAAGAAAAAUAAGUCUGACUUGAGAACUGACCCAGGCUCAUAAGUUACAUUUAGUUGUGUCUGUUUUGAAGGUAAGAUCUUAAAUAUGCAUGCAUUUAUUUAGGAUAGAGUCAGAGAAUUUUUAUUGCUACCAGGGUUAUUGCUGAAGCUUAAUGCAGGCACUACAAAUUCACCACUCCUGGUGGCUAUUCCCCCCCCCCCCUUUUUAUCGGAUAGGACAGAGAAAAUGAGAGGGGAAGGGAAGAUAGAGCAGAAGAGACAAAGAUAGACACCUGCAGACCUGCUUCACCGCUCACAAAGCUUCCCUGCUGCAGGUGGGGGGGCUCCAGCCCCAGUCCCUACGCUGGUCUUUGCACCUAGUGCUGUGUGCCCUUACCAGGGUGUACCACUGCCCUGUUCCAAGUCAGAGAAAUUGAGUGGGAGGGGGAGAUACAUACACACACACACACACACACACACACACACACACACACACACACACAGGCCUAUAAUUCUGUUUCACUGCUCGUGAAGCUUCCUCUCCCCAACCACCCCCCACCCCACCUGGGAAUGGGGACCUGGGGCUUGAACCUGGGUCCUUGCACACUGUAGUGUCUACCAUGUACACCACCUGGUCCCAAUAUCAUGUCUCUUAAUGUGUGCAAACCAUCAUGUGUAGACCUUUCCCCAGUUUGAGUUUCUCUGCUGUUUUCUUCGGGUUAAAUUCAUGUUGUACCUUUCAGCAGGAAGAAGCAGUGCUCUAUUCUCUCGAAUACUUCCUGACAGGACUUCUUUGACAGCCAUUUCUUUCAUUCCAGGUGAUACUAACUUAGAUCACCUGGUUUAGGUGACCUCGGCCAAACUGCUCUGACUACCUUGCCCUUUGCGGGGUAUAAGUGUCUUAGACUAGAAAGGGUAUGUUGAGACCCUAGCUAUUGAUGGGUUUGUUUGUUUGUUUGUUUGUUUGUUUUGCCUCCAGGGUUAUUGCCGGGGCUUGGUGCAGGUACUACAAAUCCACUGCUCCUGGCAGCCAUUUUUCUCCAUUUUAUUGGAUAGGACAGAGAGAAACUGAGAGAAGAGGGGGAGAUAGAAAGAGAGAGAGAGAGAGAUAGACACCUGCAGACCUGCUUCACUGCUUAUGAAGCUUCCCCCCCUGCAGGUGGGGAUCCCUGUAUGGGUCCUUGUGCUUAGUACUAUCUGCACUUAAUCAGGUGCACCACCACCAGCCCCUACAGCUAUCAUUUUUCAUCUACCUUCUACCCACUUACUUCAGCAUCUAUGCCUGAUUCUUUAUAACAUUUCAUUUAACUCCAUGGUUGCCCGCUGGACAGUGUCCAUAGCUAUCUUGGAAGGGCCCAAGGGGAACUUGGCCCAUUACCAGAGCCACCAGGCUUGCUUUUGAUGCCCUAUUCAGAGCUGAGGAAGGUGGGGCAAAGGUGCCCUUCAGAGAAGGUUCCUCCUCUCCUCAUCUCUCCUCAUUCAGUAAACAGCUUUGAAUGUCUGCUUUGUCCCAUGCAGGGAGUUCAGCACUGGGCACAGGACACUUUCAGGUAGUUGCUUCAAGGGGAUGCCCAGAGUGGAAGCCCAGAGCCAGGCAGCAAGGGCCUCCUUAGAGUCAGCAGCAAAACAAUGAAGGCAAGCACUGCUGAAUUCUAUCCUUUGUUCUUUUGUGUAUUAUUGGGUAGAGACAGAGAAGCUGAGAGGGGAGGGGAAGAUGGGGGAAGAGACAGACACUUGCAGCACUGCUUCACCACUCAUGGAGCUUUCCCUCUGCAGGGGGAGACCAAGGGCUUGAACAUGGGUUCUUGUGCGUUGUCAUGUGUGCUGCAUUUAACCAGGUGCACCACCGCCUGCCCCUCUGAAUUCUCUCCUCCAGAUAGUUCUCUCAUUGCCAUCUCAAGAAGCAGACUGAGGGCACACAUGAGCACCUUGCUUUUCCAUCUCUCCUCUCCACUGGCGGUUCCCCAUCCUUAGCAGAUACCUCCAGACACACUGGAGCUGAGACACAUCUUGAGAUGCAGGACACCUGCACACUGUGCAGAAGAGGAAAUCCCAGCUCAGCCGCACCCUCUGUGAGACUUUGCACAUGACAUUCAGCUCAUCUGCAAAGCUGGGGCCACAAGUGCUGGGCAGUGCAGCGGGUGGUGCCUGUGAAGUAGCCAGGGCAUAUCUGGGUGGCAGGAAGUGGAUGUCUCCCCUGGUCUAUUUCCCACCUAUGUGAGACCUCCCACUGCUUUCCGGAGGGUCUUCUGUCUAUCCAGUCUCCUUGCCUUAUGAUCCAACCUUUCUCCAGCCCUUGGCCCAUGUAUCUCCUCUUCUUCCAGAAACAGCAACUUGCCUCCUGUCCUCAAAGGACAGGCUCACUGCCCCACCCUGCAGCUGUCAAUCACAGGCGCUCAUAAAGGGCAGCUAGUUCAUAAUGUGGGUUCCAUGUGACUUUCUUGUCAUGUGAUUUCAGGAAACUCAUUUACCUGCCCCAAGCCUCUGACAGCUCCUCAGUAAUGUGAGGUGGCCUUCCCUUCAAGGUUCAUUCCCUGACUGGAGAGGGCACACCUGAUGCUGUCCGGAUGUCUGAAAGGAGAUUGUGCACGUGCUGUGCCCGGCACAUACUCCCUCACCUGGGCACCUGUUGGCAUGCCAUGUGUACACUGUCAGUGCUGGGUGGGCAGACCAAGAGGUGGGCACAUGCAUCACCCAAGGUAGUUUCCAUUUAAAAGGCAGAGUUCAUUGCAGCCUGAGUCUCACCCAAAGAAAAAGACUUCAUGUGUUCUGCAAGUAAUGCGGCAGGGUCCCCACUUCCUUAGCAUAACUGACUCCAUCUUGAACUAAACCUGAACCUGUGCAACUGCUUUACUUACCAACAAGAAGUAGAUCUUAGUGUUCUGAAAUUAUUAAUUGUUGAUUGUUUCCAUAACGGGUCAUCCGUUACUGCAGUAACGGAUUGCCCUAACUACCGCAUGCUUGGCUUCUGUAAUCUUGCUUACUUUCUGCACUUACCCCUCUAAAUGGUUGUGCUACACUGAGCUCGGGACUGCACUCUGAGCUGCACUUUUAGCUGUUGAGUGUAGUCACUGGCCGACUUAAUAAAGACUC